GGGUCGGAGGAGCCGGUUUAGGCGCCGCUUGCGCUUAGUGACAGCGACGAUGACAGUUUGAAUCGGCUCUUUCUUCCGUCUCUCCCCUCCUUUUCAUCAGUACAAUUGGUAGCCCUACCCCUCCCCGCCGUCAGUUUGUAUCGGCCUUUUCUUGUUCACCGCCGGAACGCACCCUCCUCUCUGUUUGAUCAUUAGAGCUGCCGCCGCCGUGAAGCUAUCAGUUUCGAUUGGACGGGUCUCUCUUCGGGACACGAUGGUGAGGGCAUAUGCACAAGAGCACACCUACAAACACCCAUGGGAGCGUGUGACUACUGCUUCCUGGCGCAAAUUUGCUGAUCCUGAGAACAAGAGCACGCUGUCUCACAUCCUUGAAGUGGAUACUCUGAACCGCAAGCUUGACUCUACUUCAGGAAAGCUUUACACAACACGAGCCAUCACCAUCCAUGCCCCCGGACCUUGGUUUAUUCGCAGAAUCAUUGGUCAAGACAUCUGUCAUUGUGUUGAAUCUACAGUUGUUGAUGCCAAUUCUCGAUCGAUGCAACUUGCCACCCGCAAUAUCAGUCUGCAGAAGUUCAUUGAGGUGGAGGAGAAGAUCCGCUAUGAUCCCCAUCCACAGAAUCCUAAUGAAUGGACAAUUUGCAAACAGGAAACUAGCAUUAGAAUAAAACCCCUAUCAUCACUGGCGUCAAUGGCGGAGAAGAUUGAGCAAAAGUGUGUGGAUAAAUUUCAACAGAAUAGUGCUAAGGGUAGGGAAGUCAUGGAGAGAAUCUGUAAGUAUCUUGAAGCUGAAUCUAGCGGAAUCUCAAUAUGAAUAGAUUUUUCAGUAUUUAAGCCUAGGUGUUGUACCUGUGAGGGUUGAACUAGAUGGAACAAGGAUUGCAGUGGAAAGCUUUCUAGGACCGGAUAGUUGAUCUUUACUUAGUUAGACGUAAUAAUGUUUAAUAGAGGAAUACUUGCUUGAUAUGCACCUCAUGCAACUUGCCCAGAAUGGAAUGGCCAUGAGGUAUUGGAUGAGAUACAUGAAAUCCUAGCUGCUUUUGGAUGUAGCUUUUGCUAUGUUGGAAUUCAUGGAUUUGGUGUCAAGCAUGUCAUACCAAAUUGUCAACACGAUGAGAACUUUAAUUUA